AUGAAUUCGUCGGAUGGAGAGCUUUCCGGAGCAGCUCCUGCUGCAAAGCAGGAGAAAGUGUAUCAAAAAACACGUGUUCCACCCAGGGAAGAACCACGUUCCCAUCGGACUCCAAAACCAAAGAUCCCGUUCGACCAGCAAUUUCUUAAGACGUCUAAGAGACAAGGGCGGACUGCCACCAAAAAACGGAUUCCAGUGAGCCAACGGGUUAUGAAAGUUGCCCGAUCACCACCACCUCAGAACCCUCCAAAAAGAAAGCAUGCGGUUAAGCAAGGAGAUUCAAAAAAGCAAGCAGGAACUUCUUCUCGUAAUGAUGAUCGUUCUUCAAGCAGUGAAGGAGAAGAUGAUGAGAAAGAAGUGGAGGAUGGGGAUGAUGCUGACGUCCCAGAUGUUGGAGGUCUUGAAGCAAAUGAUGAUAUUGCAGCUGCUCGUCCACCAAACGGAAAUGAUUUCCUGGCAGGUCCACCGAACGGAAAUCAAGUUGUUGAGCAUCAUGCUCCGAAUGAGAGAGACGAGGAACACGAGAGAGAGGGAUUCAUCAAUCUUGAUCCGAGACAAUAUCCACCGGGAAUUAUUUCAACCGAACCAUUCCGGAGAGUAGUAUUCAAUGCUCCAUUCGAUAUUGCUCAAACAAAUAUCAUCAAAAUAAAAAACUUAUCCUAUCAAAGGGUAGCGAUUGGAGUGGACUCCCUCUCUCCUCGAAUCGAGCUCGACACAUGCUAUAAAACUCUGGAGCCAAAAGAAUCGAUUUACGUCCAGAUCAAAACAAAACCUUUCACAAUUCAGGAGGGUCUCAAUGAUAAAGUGUAUAUAGAAUAUAUAAAUGCUCCAGAAGAAGGAGAAGUGUGUAGGCAGUGGUUCUGUGAUGCCACAAUCACAUCACUGCGGCAGCUGCUUGUUCAAUACAGUUUGUAA